AUGACAAUCCAGAUCUCACGCUUGUCAGAGGCCGAUAUAUCGGGCGCGGUAACUGCGAUCCAACAAGCUUUUGCUGAUGAUCCCUACAAUCUCUGGGUGUAUAGCGACCGACCGAAGCUUAAUUUGAUCAGAAACAGGGUAUCGUUAGGGAUUCGUUGUCGAUGGGGCAUCCGCAAUGCACUGUUUUAUGUGGCAAAGGACUCCGAUGAUGACGAGAAGGUAUUAGGAAUUGCCAUGUGGAUGCCUCCGAGGUCUGUCGAAAGGAAAGAAACCUGGGGAGAAUGGUGGGAGGGGUGGAAGAUGUGGACACAACAGGUCGGAAUGAAUCUUUGGUAUGGCCGUGGUGGAUUGAAUGUCAAGGGGAGGUCUCUCGAUGCGAAUGUCAACACGGCGGGGAGAGUUUCCUAUGACCUGACAAGUCGAUGCAAAGAUUAG